UAAAGCUGAUCCUUUAUCGUAUGCUUCACGUGCAUAUAGAGAUUAUUUAAUCGGACAUUGUUUACGUAUUUUAACCGGUACUGUUGGAGAUGCUCAUUUAUCUUCAAUAUUAGAAUAUGGACAAACUAUUAUGGCUUCUGCUGGAAUAGAUGCUGGAUUUUUAUGUACUGACAAAGUUACAGUUACACAUUGCGAAGAUGAAAUUGGAUUAUGGCGGGGAGCAGUUAUAUAUCUAGCAGCAUGUUGGAGAUUGAAAGAAGACGAUUCACAAGCAUGGAGCAUUGUUGAAAGCAAAUUUCCUUAUGAGAAAUGUUAUCAACUUUGCAAUAAUAAUAAUAGUAUUAGUCCACUACCAUAUAUUGUUUUAAAUGCUUUGCAAGCAGCAAAAGCGACUACUAAAUCAGUCUCUAUGCGUUUUAUUGAUCAGGCAGGAAUAUUGCUUGAACAAUGUUUGGUUUAUUAUAAUUGCAAGCAACAGUCAUCCCAAAACGUUUUGGUAAGAUAUUUAAAUAUUAUGUUUAUAAUAUAUUAAUAUAUUCAAUUCUUU